AUGGCCUCAAAAUGGAUAGAAGAGCAGCCCGUCGUCCAUCGUAGAGACAUCCGGAUUUCCAGGAAAUCCCGCAUUGCAGCUGGCUUGCUCGUUCUCCUUGUACUCUGGCGGUAUGGUCUCCCUUCUUCGAUUCACUUUGGUUUCUCGUCAGAGGAGUCCAAGCAGUUAGGUGCCGUUGCUAGUGAACAUGCGCUGUGCAGUCGGUAUGGAGCAGACAUGCUGGAACGAGGUGGGAAUGCGGCUGAUGCUAUGGUCGCUACAAUGUUUUGUAUUGGCGUCGUAGGCAUGUAUCAUAGUGGAAUCGGGGGAGGCGGUUUUAUGCUUAUCAAAUCCCCUGAUGGCGAUUUUGAAUUUGUGGAUUUCCGCGAAACAGCCCCUGCUGCAAUUGUCGCAUUGGGAAAGAAUAUAUCCGCCGGUCUGAGGAGUGGUGUUCCUGGAGAAGUGCGCGGUCUUGAAUAUCUACAUCGAAAAUAUGGCGUCCUCCCCUGGUCGGUGGUCCUGGAACCGGCUAUCCGCACUGCGCGAGAUGGGUUCCUCGUGCAAGAAGACCUGGUCAACUAUAUCGACAUGGCGGUCGAAGAGACAGGUGAAGAUUUCUUGUCCAAGAAUCCCUCCUGGGCGGUUGACUUUAGCCCUUCCGGGUCCCGAGUCCGGCUGGGGGAAACGAUGACUCGUCGACGACUAGCCGCGACUCUGGAGAAGAUUUCCGUUGAUGGUCCAGAUGCGUUCUAUUCCGGCCCCAUCGCGGAGGAUAUGGUUGCUUCGUUGCGGAACGUGGGGGGAAUCAUGACUCUGGAGGAUCUGGCUAAUUAUACGGUUGUUACUCGCGAUACCUCGCACAUUGACUACCGGGGGUAUCAGAUUACCAGUACAACUGCACCAUCGAGCGGGACUAUCGCGAUGAACAUCCUCAAGGUGUUGGACACAUAUGACGAGUUCUUCACUCCUGGAACCACCGAGCUCAGCACCCAUCGCAUGAUAGAAGCUAUGAAGUUUGCGUUUGGCCUGAGAACACGUCUCGGGGAUCCGUCGUUCGUGCAUGGUAUGGAAGAAUAUGAAAAUCACAUCCUGAGUGCAGAAAUGAUCGACCAUAUUCGCCAGAGUAUAUCCGACUCGCACACGCAGGAUACAUCAGCGUAUAACCCUGACGGGCUGGAAGUCGUCAACAGCACAGGGACAGCGCAUAUCGCAACAGUCGACCACCAAGGCUUGGCCAUCUCCGCGACGACCACUAUCAACCGCUUGUUCGGCAAUCAGAUCAUGUGUGACCGGACCGGCAUUAUCAUGAAUAAUGAGAUGGAUGACUUCUCCGUUCCCACCUCAUCGCUGCCAACAUUCGGCCAUACUCCAUCUUCGACCAAUUUCGCUGAGCCCGGAAAACGUCCCCUCUCGGCCAUUUCGCCAGCCAUCAUUCUCCAUCCCGACGGAUCACUAUUUCUAAUUGCCGGCUCGGCCGGCAGUAACUGGAUCACCACCACAACCGUGCAGAAUAUCAUCUCCGGUAUUGACCAGAACUUGGCAGCGCAGGAGAUCCUGGCGACGCCGCGUGUCCAUCAUCAAUUGAUACCCAAUCAUGCCAUUUUCGAGACCACAUACGAUAAUGGGACGGUGGACUUCCUCUCCCAGCUAGGGCAUGAAGUGACAUGGUACCCGCCUGCCGCGAGCAUGGCGCAUUUGAUUCGCGUGAACGCAGACGGGGGAUUUGAUCCUGCUGGAGAUCCCCGGCUGAAGAACUCCGGGGGUGUAGUGGCCCUGCAGCGUCGUAAGUUCUGGUAG